CGGGUGUUGCGAGCGCCUCUUCGACGAGCGAUGCAUCCAAUGCAUCCAAUGCAUCCAAUGCAUCCAGGUCCGUGGAUGCCUUCUGAAAGCCCAGCCGACAAGCAAACGCCACCAGUCCGCCAAGUCUUUCACUCGGGCCCUCAUUGGACUGGAUCGAUUCGUUGAACUGGAUUUGCGCAGGUCGGUGCUGGAGCGCUGUUGGCUAGGGGGCUUUGCAGACAAAGCACUGGAGAGAACCUCCACAACUACUUCGAUUGUGGAAGGAGGCGCAAGAUUGAGCAGAAAGUCGAGCCCCAGAGGCCGCGAAGUCCAAAGCGAUUGAUUGCGUCACCUCGUCCGUCUUUGCAGGAGGCCAGUGACGCGGUGGAUUUGCAAGCGUCUUCGCCGCGGGGCAAAGUGGAGGUGUGGGCACAUCCUGGGAAGACGGUGAAGCACUACGAUAUCCGGAGGCAUCAUUUGCAUCAGCAGUUGCACCACGGGCCAAACCCAAUGGAGCUGCCUGCGGAGUUCAGAUCACAUCGGAGGAUGGUCUACGAUGCAGAGGCCACGCAGAGGCCAUGAAAUGCUGGAGUUUGGGCGAGCGAGCAAUCAAAUCUUAUUGAGACUUGAGCGGUUGACCAGCGAUUGGUUCCAUCUCGGAUGGUGCUAUGACGCUGCGGCAAAUGAGGGCAAUGCCUAUUUGAGGCCCUGACUCCAACAGGUCCUCAACACGGCCUUUGUCCAGUGACGCUGCGCACCGCAGAAGCACCGGGGUGGGGUCCUGCCUGGACAUGAGCCUCAGUGAUGGUGAGGCCCAAGAUCAAGUACGCACACGCCUGCGUUCUGGACGGAGCACUGGAGUUCGUGGAAUGCAGCAGGCCAGACCCGAGACGCUGGACGAAAACCCGUCUGGCGAGGAGUCUGCUGAUGGUUUUCCAUCAGAGAGGCGCUCAAAGCGGCGCAUAUCUCCCCCAGGGGCGAGCGCGAACACAACGCUGGCUACGGGGCUGACAAACGCGCCGGCAGAAGAGUGCAUGGAGGCUGCUUGUGGCAUGACCAAGCGCGGCAAGCAAAGCGAAGGAUCUAAGGAGUAUCGCCGCGGCGGCCCUGGGCCUUGGGACCCGCUUCCCACUGGCGCCUCGAAGAAGGACGGCUGGGGCAGGUUAAGUCCGCGCCAGCCACCUCCUCACACGCCUCGGGUGCCAUUUGGCACGCAAGGCAAUGCUGGGCAAACCGUGAAGCGCUUUUACUCGGCCCCGCCGCUGCCGUAUGGAUCAGAAGCUGACGUGCCUGAGCCGAGCGUGCCUCCUCAGUCUGGCAUCCCGCUUGGCUUGACCGUACCGAGUGCCAGGGACAAUCCUUUUCCAGAGGUCGAGUCGAUGUCACCUAGGAGAGAGGGCAAGGCCAAGGCACUCUCAAAGCCGCGAUGCAUCUCAGCAGAGCGCAUUGGAAAGUCUCUUAUGUCUUCUGAGUUUGUGGCCAGGCAACGUCAGUCAAGCCGCUUGAGAGGCGGUGCUUCUCGUUUGUGCUCGGGUGGCAAUCUGGCGCCCUGCUUGAAUCGGCCACAUGAGAGGAUCUCUGGGGUCAAAGCCGUGGGUGCAGGUCAAGCGAAGGCAGACAUCUCGGCCCCCAGUGCACGCUUGGACGAGGCAUACAACAAGUGCUUGCAGUCCCUCCACGCUGAGAUUGAGCAGCUGCAGUCGCGGUCCAUGCGUCUUGAAAGAGAAGUACAGAAGACCAAGAAUCAGAACGGAGUGUUGAAAUGUCAACCAAACACAACUCCUCAGGCCCAGCCCGGUAUGACACCAGCGUAGAAUUCGGCGUGGGCGCAUUCCGAGCUCGCGACCAGGCUCGUCAGCCUUUCCAAGGCUUCUUCGCCAACGUUCCCUUCGCGACUAAGUUCGCGCAAAAGGCAGCGUGUGGUGUAUGGUGCAUACCAUUUGCCGGGUGCCUUCAAACCGAUUGCAAGCAUGAUCUGGGUGUUUCACUGGGGCUUCAAGCUCUUUGAGCGAAUGAAAAGCAAUGCCGUUCC